CUCUCUCUCUCUCUAUAUAUAUAUAUAUAUAUAUAUAUAUACACGGAUAUCUAUCACUCUACACACACAUACUCACAUUGUACUGCACUCUCAAAACCUUAGAUUCACCCUCACUCAUAACUCAGGAUCAUGGGGAAAAUCAAGAUUGGAAUCAACGGCUUCGGGAGGAUCGGACGUUUGGUGGCGAGAGUGGUUCUCCAGAGCGAGGAUGUUGAGCUCGUCGCCGUCAAUGAUCCGUUCAUCACCGCUGACUACAUGACCUACAUGUUUAAAUAUGACAGUGUUCAUGGUCAACAUAAAAAGCAUGAGCUUACAGUUAAGGAUUCUAAGACUAUCCUCUUUGGUGACAAACCUGUCACUGUCUUUGCUGCCAGGACCCCGGAGGACAUCCCAUGGGGUGAAGCUGGAGCUGACUACGUUAUUGAGUCCACUGGAGUUUUUACUGACAAGGACAAAGCUGCUGCCCACUUAAAGGGUGGUGCAAAAAAGGUUAUCAUUUCCGCUCCAAGUAAGGAUGCUCCCAUGUUUGUUGUUGGUGUCAAUGAGAAGGAAUACAAACCUGAUAUUGAUAUUGUGUCCAACGCUAGUUGCACUACCAACUGUCUUGCUCCCUUGGCAAAGGUUAUUCAUGACAGAUUUGGCAUUGUUGAGGCUCUAAUGACCACAGUACAUGCAAUUACUGCCACACAAAAGACUGUUGACGGUCCAUCACAGAAGGACUGGAGAGGUGGAAGAGCUGCCGCUUUCAACAUUAUCCCCAGCAGUACCGGAGCUGCCAAGGCUGUGGGGAAGGUUCUGCCCUCAUUAAAUGGAAAGCUCACAGGAAUGUCUUUCCGUGUUCCUAUUGUGGAUGUCUCUGUGGUUGAUCUCACUGCGAGGCUCGAGAAGGAGGCAUCAUAUGACGAGAUUAAAGCUGCUAUCAAGGAGGAGGCCGAGGGUAAUUUGAAGGGAAUCCUUGGUUACACUGAGGAUGAUGUAGUGUCAUCUGACUUCAUCGGUGAUUGCAGGUCAAGUAUCUUUGAUGCCAAGGCUGGUAUUGCUUUGAAUGGCAACUUUGUGAAGCUUGUCUCUUGGUAUGACAACGAAUGGGGUUACAGCAACCGCGUGGUUGACUUGGUUCGCCACAUGGCCUCUUGUUAGUGAGAGCUGUUUUGACACCUUCCAUGGCGUACCAUGAAGAUUAGUUCUGCCCCAUGGUUAGGAAGUUCGUUUUGAAAUAAUUGAGCUGUUCAACUAUUCUAGUAUUUUACAGAUCAGAUAUAAAUGUUGGCCUUUUAUUUUCCAGGGUUAGGAUUGCCCCAUGUUUUGUUCAUCCGAGUUCUGAUUCCGUCAUUUUGUCAUGUAUGUUGGCGCAAAUCCAGACAUGAGUUUUCUAGUAAUAAUAUGAGGCUUUUCCUUUCA